AUGGCUGCCUCGGUCGACUCACAUCUCAAGGACGUGGCCAUCCUGGCCAACAUCCCCAAUGAGGCCCGCAAGAUUCUCACCAAGGACGCCUGUGCCUUCCUCGCCAUCCUGCACCGCACUUUCAACCCAACUCGCAAGGCCCUCUUGCAACGCCGUAUCGAUCGUCAGGCCGAGAUUGACAAGGGUCAUCUGUUGGACUUCCUGCCCGAGACCAAGCACAUUCGCGAGAACGAUGCCUGGAAGGGCGCUCCCCCAGCCCCGGGCUUGGUGGACCGUCGUGUCGAGAUUACCGGUCCUACCGACCGAAAGAUGGUCGUCAAUGCCCUCAACUCCGAUGUGUGGACUUACAUGGCCGAUUUCGAGGACUCUUCUGCCCCUACCUGGGAGAACAUGAUCAAUGGCCAGGUGAACUUGUAUGAUGCGAUUCGUCGCCAGGUUGACUUCAAGCAAGGUGGCAAGGACUACAAGCUUCGCACUGACCGCAAGCUGCCCACUCUCAUUGCGCGUGCUCGUGGCUGGCACCUGGAUGAGAAGCACUUCACUGUGGACAGUGAGCCCAUCUCCGGUUCUCUCUUCGAUUUCGGAUUGUACUUUUUCCACAACGCCAAGGAGUUGGUCGCCCGCGGCGCCGGUCCUUACUUCUAUCUUCCCAAGAUGGAGUCUCACCUGGAGGCUCGUCUCUGGAAUGACGUCUUCAACCUGGCUCAGGACUACAUCGGCAUGCCCCGCGGCACCAUUCGUGGCACUGUUCUGAUCGAGACCAUCACUGCCGCAUUUGAGAUGGAAGAGAUCAUCUACGAACUGCGCGAGCACAGCUCAGGUCUGAACUGUGGCCGCUGGGACUACAUCUUCUCCUUCAUCAAGAAGUUCCGCCAGCACCCCAACUUUGUCCUGCCUGACCGUUCUGACGUCACCAUGACUGUUCCCUUCAUGGAUUCCUACGUGAAGCUGCUCAUCAAGACCUGCCAUCGCCGUGGCGUCCACGCCAUGGGUGGCAUGGCCGCCCAGAUCCCCGUCAAGAACGACCCCGCGGCCAACGACAAGGCCAUGGAAUCCGUCCGUGCUGACAAGCUCCGUGAAGUCCGUGCUGGCCACGACGGCACCUGGGUUGCCCACCCUGCCCUGGCUUCUAUUGCCUCCGAGGUAUUCAACAAGCAUAUGCCCACGCCAAACCAGCUGUACAAGCGCCGCGAGGAUGUCCACAUCACCGCAAACGAUCUUCUCAACACCAACGUCCCCGGCAAGAUCACCGAGGACGGUAUCCGCAAGAACCUCAACAUCGGUCUGAGCUACAUGGAGGGCUGGCUUCGCGGUGUUGGCUGCGUGCCCAUCAACUUCCUCAUGGAGGAUGCCGCCACCGCCGAGGUGUCCCGAUCCCAGUUGUGGCAAUGGGUUCGCCACAACGUCACCACUGCCGAGGGCAAGCGCGUCGACAAGUCCUAUGCUCUGCGUCUGCUGCAGGAGCAGGCCGAUAGCUUGGCUGCGCAGGGUGGCAAGGGCAACAAGUAUCAGCUUGCGGCCCGCUACUUUGCCGGUCAGGUCACUGGUGAGGACUACGCCGAUUUCCUGACGAGCCUGCUGUACAAUGAGAUUUCUUCUCCGGGCUCUGCGGCCAAGCUGUAA